AUGGGGAAGAGGAAGUCGAGGCCCUCCAAGCUGACAGCGAAGCCCAAGAAGCAGCUGGAGACCGACUUCACCUGCCCCUUCUGCAGCCACCCGGGCAGCGUCCAGUGCGACAUCUUUCUCAAGGAACGCCGGCCGUUCGCCGUGGCGUCGUGCAGCAUAUGCACGGAGUCCUACGCCACCAAGGCUCACGCGCUGACGGAGCCCAUCGAUGUCUACACCUGCUUCUUCACCGGGGUGGCUGCUUCUUCACCGGCGCGGCGACCUGCUUCUUCACCGGUGUGGCGGCCUACUUCUUCGACGACGCGGCGGCCUACCGGGCGGUCGGAUCCGCGGACGAACGGAUCUCCGGCGCCUGUCGGAUCUUCGGACGCGGCGCAGCGGCCUACCGGGCGGACGGAUCCACGGACGAACGGAUCUCCGGCGUCACGGCUUGCUUCUUCACCGGCGCCGCGACCUGAUUCUUCGACGGCACAGCGGCCUGCCGGUCUUCUCCAGGCGGGCAGACGCGGCAGCCUGCCGAUCUUCUCCAGGCGGGCAGACGCGGCAGCCUGCCGGUCUUCUCCAGAGCUCGGAUUCCAAAUCGGUGAUUACUUGAGCGUUGCAAUCAUGUAGAUGGUGCCCGCACCAGAUGUAAUUGAUGUAAUGUCAAAAGGGCUCUGGUUGCAACAGUAAGGCAUGAUUCUCUGGUAGCACUAGGAACUGGAACCACAAUUGGUCUGUAAUACUGGUAGUUUCAAAUUUACCUAAACACUUCAAACCAGAAUGGUCUGUAAUGUCAAAAGGGCUCGGGUUCCUAUGAAGUCAAACGCAGGAAAGUUUGCAUCUUGGAGCCAGACCAGUUGGGCAAAUUU